GAGCAAACGAGUCACCUGAUGGUAAGCGAUCAGCGCCGCCCAUGGACACCCGCAACACCUGAGGAGUCACUGGUGCGCUUCCGGCCUUUCAAAAAGGAGUAUGCUCUUUUCUUGAAGGUGUGAAGGUCGUAUCGGUUCGGAACUACCGCCGAGUUAAUAAGUUAUGCAUUUGUUCUGUGGACGGAGUGACAUUAGAGGUUUUGUUGACCAGGACCGAAGCUCGAGUGAUUAUUGGUAGAAACUGCAGAGGAGAGAGUCCUUACAUCGGCAUACGAGAGUACACUUUCCAUUCGGAUUUCUUCGAAGACAAGGUCAACGCCCUAGCUGUGAUCCAACUUGAAACUGACCACAUCUCCUUUAGACUGAAACCUAUAUGUGGGCCACCGCUAAAUUUUCUGAACGAGACGUUCUACGCGAUGCUGAUAGCUGAUGAUUGCAAAAAGGGCGAAGUUUGGGUAUACAAAAUGAAGUACGUACCAUUUGACCACUGCAAGAGCUACUACAGGCGGACCGGGCUGGAUUUUGACACUCUAUGGCCGGCGCACACGACGUGUGCCCAGAGUGUGCUGGGCGGCGAGUGCGUGUGGCGCAGCGGUGCCAUACUCGUCACCAAGGUGGACCAUCGAUGGAGACUGUUGGGUUUCGGAGUGUACGGCCCUGGUUGUCAGGCUCCGGCCAGGUUCCUAGACUACGGCAUGUACCACACGUGGGUGAAAGAAACAUUUACCGAAAUUGGGAAACCUGUUAUCUCCACGAUUGCGGACAAUCACCUCGUGAUGCGUAGAACUAUGUCGAAGAUCCAAAGACUGGGCACGUGUGACAGCGAGGAGAUGAAGUAUGAGUUGUUCAGUGAUGCAACUGUAUUGUAUGAAAAAAAAGAAGGGACUUAUAAAUAUAACUUAACGCUGGUUGCGGGCAUGGAGUAUUCUUGCAUGGAAGUCAAAGCAAGAUAUGUAUCUCCCAAGAAAACUGGUAAACCGAAACUAACGCUUCGGAGAUGGUGCGCGGGUGAGGGACACGAACGUCCGGUGUGCCACAGUGGAACACAAUUCGUGGAGAUAGCUUUUUAUGUGGAAAUAACUUUCGAAGACGGUUUUGUAUUUCAAUUGAAUGCGUACGGGGAGCAAAUGAAAGUCAUAGAUCCAUUGCGUGCCCAUAAAUACAGGAAUACAAGAACAAAAUACCCUAAUAAAACGAAAACAAAAGAUCUGUGGCCCCUUCUUAAAAAGGUUGCGAGCACCAACUUGUGGUUUCGGAAGCCGAAGCCUUAUUAUUACACAGACGACCAUUCGUUUUGGAAACCUGGUUAUUACAAGCAGUUAUUGGUGGAAUAUCCAAGACCGCUCAACCCGAAACAUUUCUCCACUACCACCACUACCACCACUGAAGAACCAACUACUCCUACUACUACUACCACCACUGAAACCCCAACUUCUCCUGACGAGUAGUAGUAAGGGGGACAACCACCACCUUUCCUAAAUUGAGAAGAUAUCUUU